AUGGUAUAUGUGAACAGUAAUCAAAUAUCGACAACAAAACCUAUUAAAAUUACAUUUGUUAUAGUUGUACUUAUUGUUUGUUUUGUAUUUGGUUUUCGUCUUGAUCCAGGUUUUCCUCAAGUAAGAAUUUCAUUAAAUCGCUCAUAUUCAUCAGAUAUACAAUCAAAACAACAAAUCAUACAUUCGUUUCCUCCAGUAUAUAAUUCAACACAUCUAUGGUCAAUGCGUUUUGUCGAUGAAAAUUAUUUUCGUUUAGCACGUCUUUUACCAUGUCAGAUUGUUGAAUAUAUUGGUGGACCAAAAAUAGAUAAAAUUGAUUCAUGUAAUUAUUCAUCAACGAAUGAAUAUUCAAUAGAAAAUACAUUACAAGCACAAAAAUGGCUUUAUCAACAUCAACAUCCAAUGAAUUGUACAAAUAGAAAAUUUGCUAUUAUUCAAAAUUUUGCUUGGUCAGGUUUUGGAGCAACUAUUCAUCAAAUCGCAUGGGCAUUUGGUAUGGCUUUAGCGGAGAAUAGAAUUGCUAUAUAUGAAACACCAGGAUAUUGGUUUUAUGGAGACUGUAGUGUAAGCACUCCUGAUUGUGUUUUUCUUCCUAUCACUAAUUGUUCAAUUCCAUCUAAACCUUAUAGUAACCAAACAAUACACAUUAGUGCUCGCAUGAAUCAAUGGCCUAAUCCUAUUCAUCCGCCUAUAUUCGAAAAUCGAACUUUCAAUUGGUAUCGUGCACAAUUAUUAUUUUAUCUAAUGCGAUAUAAAUCUGAAACAUUAACUUAUGUUCAAAAUACUAUUGCUCAAUAUUUUCAACCACCUUUAAUUGAUCUUCAUCAUCCAUAUAUUGCUGUCUAUGUACGUCGAUCAGAUAAAGUUAAAUAUAAAGAAAUGUGCCAAGCAUAUACACUUAAACAAUAUUUUGAUUUAUUUGAUUUUGAUGUACGACAAGCCAAUGUAACAAGAGUUUAUAUAAAUUCCGAAGAUGACCAAAUAUUUAAUGAAUUUAUUCAAAUAAACAAACAAAAACAAGGUUAUUAUAAAUUAUUAAGUGUAAAUGCAACAAGAAAUAUUGUUUUUGCAUCAUUCAAUCGUAUGACAAAGCAACAACGUGGAAAGAUUGCAUUAGAAUUUCUUACUGAUUUAUUCAUUGAAGCUAAUGCAGAUUUACAUGUGGGUACAUUAACAUCCAAUUGGUGUCGAUUAGUUGACGGAAUGAGGCUUGCACUUGGAAAAACAAUACCUUAUUAUACACCUGAAAAUAGAUAUUUAAUGAAUACGCGAAGGCGACGGUAA